AAGUACCGAUCGAACUUUUUGAGCGUUAUUUGUUUGCGAUUUUGUUUUAAUGUACGUUUACAUUUGAAAAUUAGUAUCCAGUUUUACUUUUUUCUCUAAUUUUUUUGUUGAGUGCCUACAUUUCCGGAAUGUUGAGGAGAUCAUAGGAGUUAAAAGACAAGGAUGUUGCUAUUUGAAAAUAUGGCAUCGACAACAGGUGUAGGUCAAGAUUUUUACGAAAACACCUAUGCGCCCCUAGAACUAACAGAAACUCAAAACGAACUGGUCGAAAAAUUCACGGCCGCCUUCUACAACGCGCAAAACACAAAGAACUGCGACGCGACAACGGAAAUUUUCGAAAAUUUCGAUGACAAAUACUUUUCCGAGAUUGAAGAGUACGAAAACGAAACGUCUAACGCCGGGGAUUACCUGUUGGACUUUCUUCUUUCGAAACCUGACGAUUCCGCAUCGUCCACGUACGAAACGUGUUCUACGAGUGAAAUUUCCAGUUACGGGUCAUCUUCAAUGAGUACGACGUCGAGCUACAGAUCUUGUGCGACCGCGACGUUCACCGACGUUUCGUACACACCAUCAGCAGUUGAAAAUUGGUAUUUGGUGAAACCAUUGGAGUCACCAAGUAAUUACUUUAACGUUUCUGUGGCAGAAUCCCAGAAUAUUGUACAGGAUUUUGACAAAGUUAAUUUCGAGUGCGAUCAAGGUCGGGGUCAGCAAUUUGGGAGAUGUAUUGGUGAUGUUGUAAUCGAUCAGGCGUUUGGUGACGUUUUGAAUGAAGACGACUCAGUUUCCGAAAAUCUAGACAGUCUGGACUUAUCUGAUAUAGAUCUUUGUGAAACUUUGUCAAACAGUUCAUUCGAUAUCGAUAACUUUGCGUCUGAUAUUUGCGAAAAUCAUAAUAUAUCUGAUAAUGGAGAUAAUACAAGUGACUAUGACUCUUUAACUGUUGUCCGAAAUGAUACGGAAUUUUCGGAGUUUUUACGUAAUCGACCCCCCGAAUCGUUAGAUCAUUUCACUCAAAAUCAGGACAAUUCGAGGGAAGUUUAUGGUCAUCUAUUGGGCAACAGAACGACCAACAAUAACACAUCGAAUAUCUGUAAUAUCGAAGAGAGCGUGGCCAAUUAUGACCUUUCCAGCAACCAGGCGGUCAUGGGUCAACAGGAAGCGUUACUCAUGGAUGACCCGUUACUAAGCUUUAGCAAUGUGAACAUGUUCCCUGGAAAGCACAAGAGACAGGAAUCCGAAAGCCAGGAAUCGGAAGUGAGCUCGGGAUAUGAGGAGAAUUACAACAGGACCGUACUCCAGUGCAAGUGGGAGAAUUGCUUCAAGAUGUACGAUUCGCAAGCGUCACUUGUUUUUCAUAUCGAAAAAUCGCACGUGGAACUCAAGAGAGGAGAAGAAUUUACUUGCUAUUGGCUGAAUUGUCCGAGACAAACGAAACCAUUCAACGCCCGCUACAAACUUCUAAUACACAUGAGGGUCCAUAGCGGGGAAAAACCGAAUAAAUGUCCGUUUAAGGGUUGUAACAAGGCGUUUUCUCGUUUGGAAAAUCUCAAAAUACAUCAAAGGAGCCACACGGGGGAGAGACCGUACCUAUGCCAAUUUUCGAGCUGUACAAAAAGUUUUUCCAACAGUUCUGAUAGAGCAAAACAUCAAAGAACUCAUUUUGAUACGAAACCCUAUGCUUGUCAAGUAGUCGGUUGUUCGAAAAAAUAUACGGAUCCUAGUAGCCUGAGGAAACACGUGAAAAAUCACACGUACGAAGAACAAAUGUUACUUAAAAAAAAGACUGAAGACAGCCGGCAGUUUCUUAGCAAUAGUCCUAAGAAAAGCUUCACCUUACACAAACCCAAAUCCAAAAAUAUGCAAUCCAUCAGUUUCCCGAAAGAAAACUUCAGUAAAACAACUGUAUCAAUUUCAGAGCACAAUUAUUCCAAUACGUUCGUCCCUAUUUUGGAAUAUGUGCAAAAUACUCCCCAUUCUAGUAUAAGUGUGAGACAAGACUUAAAAAACAAGAUCUCAGAAAAAAGACAAAGAAAAAUCGCUCAAUUUUAAAUUUUAGUUGUAUUAGAAAAUAAGA